AUGUUUUGCGCUCUCUUUAAGAUGAUCAUUUUUGUGGUCGGGUAUUUGCUGCCCGUUGGACUGUCCCUCCACGGAUGGAAAAAUAAAAAAUACGAAAUGGUGGAGUACUACUUAAAAUACGUUUACUUUUUUGUGGUGUUUGAGAAUGUGGUGACCCCCUCCAUAGGAGCAGUGAUUUACAAAAUAAGCGGAUUCAUAUGGUGCCUCCUCCACUUGGCCCUUUACUUGGUUUUGAUCACCCCCAAAUUUAAUUACCUGAACAUUAUUUAUGAGAAGGUCAGCAAGGUGAAUAGCCAGAACAAUGUCACUCUGUACCUCAAUAACUACGUCGUCAAUCCGCUGAACGACCAGGUCAACAAGAUUGUUAAGAAGUUGAAGACGCUGUGA